GUGUGAACCCAAGGAGAGUAGUGCAGCAGCCAAAGGUGGUGGAAAUGAGGAGGAGAAUCAUAAGAUCAGCAAAACAGCAGCGGCGAAGGAGAAAGGAGAGAGCUUGUGGGGCACAAUUGCGAGUGCCGCUUUCUCCAACCCGACCUCCGCUACGGGAGAGUGUGAUUGGCUGACCUUGCAUCGGCGAAUGGGGCAUGUGGCAUUGCCCAUUUUGCAGCAGAUAGUCAAGCAAGACAUGGUCAGUGGGAUACGUGUCAAGGGGGAGCCCAAUGAGGUGCUUGGCUGUCCAACAUGCAUGCAAGCCAAGUUCACCCGCUACCCGUUCCAUAGCUCGGAGACAACGGCGAAGGCACCACUUGAUGAGGUGGUGAUGGAUGUGGUGGGUCCCUUGAAGCUUGGAGCUGCUGGAGCUGAGUACUUCCUCACCAUUGUGGACGUCUACACUCGCAUGACUUGGGUAUAUGUGCUGCCCAAGAAGAGUGACGUGGCUGAAACGGUGAAGACCGAUUGGUUGCCGAUGGUGGAGCGGCAACAAGACCGACUUGUGAAGGCGAUUCGCACUGACCGUGGGGGAGAGUUCCUGAGCAAGAACUUCUCAACUUGGCUGAAGAAGCAGGGCAUAAGGCACUCUCUUACCAUGCCCUACUCUCCUGCAAUGAACGGCAUUGCCGAGCGUGCGAAUCGGACACUCACGGAGACGGCUCGGGGACUUCUCAUUGAAGCCGGUCUUCCCAAUUACUUUUGGCCGGAUGCGGUGCGGCAUGCUUGUGUGGCCAAGAACAGAGCCUUGACUCACGUGGGAGAAGACAAAUGGGUGCCCUAUGUGGAGUGGAUUGGAAGGAAGCCGAAGGUGGAUAUGCUUCGGGUGUUCGGGUGCAUGUGCAUGGCACUUGUGCCUAAGAAACUUCGGCACAACAAGCUUGAUGCCAAGGCAACAUGGGCCGUGCACUUGGGCAUGGCUCAAAACAGCAAGGGAUGGCUUCUUUGGGACCCAUUUACCAAGAAGUUCCUGGUGAGCAGAGAUUGCAAGUUCAUGGAGAACUUACCGUACAAGGAGUGGAAGGCGGAGAACCAAGCGAAGAUUGGUGUGCGGCUUGGAGAGGUGAAGAGUACCGGCUUGGAGCAUGUGGAGCUGCCCUUGGAGCUGAGUAGCAGCAGCACUAUCACAAGGCAAUCUCCUCAAAUGAAUGGGGGAGAAGAGGAGGAGGAGGUGCAGCAAGGUGAUGAGCGUACACCGUCACUUCCGCCUCGUGCUACAAGUGCUCGCGGGAACCGAGCAGAUUUGCAGCAACGCCAUGAGAGCAUCCAAGUCCCUGCAGUAGAGGAGGAAGGAAGGGGGAGAAGGAGGACUCAGCCCCCCAAUAGGUUGAGCUAUGAACGGCUUGGAGGAGCAGCCAACUCAACCUUGACCGGUUCGGCUCUCAUGCUAGGCGAUGAAGCGGAAGAUGAAAGCGAGGAGUGCGCUUUUGCCUUCUUCUCUCCGGUGGAGAUACCGGGGGAGCCUACAAAUCCCAAGGAGGCUUGGGAGGGCCCCAAUGGGAAGGAGUGGAAGAAGGCCUCAGAUGAAGAGAUGGGGAGCAUCAUCGAGAACGACACGUUUGACUUGGUGAACCUACCCCGGGGCGUAAGGCGAUCUCUUCCAAGUGGCUCUUCAAGCGCAAGACCGACGCCGACGGCAACAUUGAGCGCUACAAGAGCAGACUUGUAGCCAAGGGGUACCAGCAGCAGGAGAAGAAGGACUACAAUGAAGUAUAUGCUCCUGUGGUAAAGGGUACAACCCUUCGAACCCUCUUCGCCGCGGCGGCCAUCAAAGGAUGGGUGGUGAAGCAAAUGGAUAUCGUAACGGCCUUCCUCAACGGAGUUUUGGAGGAAGAGACCUACAUGGAGCAGCCAGAGGGGUACAAUGAUGGGAGUGGCAG